GGUUUUUUUACCCGCCUUGUCAGGAAAACUUGAAAAUAUAAUGAUUAAAUUCAACAGAACAGCUGGGAAUGUUGCAUGAAUUGUUACUAGCGUUGUCUGGUCAUGGGGGUGGUUUGUUUAAAGAUUGCGGAGAGGGACUGAAAGUGCUGGAGGGUUUGCCAUUUAUUCACCCAUCAGAAGUGAAUGUGUUAAAUCAACUUUGUCGACUUGGCACCUACUUCCGAGACUUUUCACUCUUCAUUGAUAAAUAUGGCUCUGCUCUUAGCUUCACUAACACAGGUGAUGACAGUGAUAGUGUUCUGCUGCAUGGUCUGUACCUGAAGGCGUUGUGUACGGGACUGGACCGAGUGUUACAGGACUACCGCCAGGUGCUGCUCUCCCUCGAGUCCCAGGUGCUUGCCGACCCUCACCUUGGUGUCACUCAUGUGCUCUACACCUUACAGGAGUAUAAGCUGCUGUUUCCUGCUCUGGCGUCUGUUAUUGACCAGAUUGUCUCCCAUAAGGCUCAUGGCUGCUACAUUCUGGACAUUCUACACAAGGCAUCAUCAAGUGGGUUUCCUGUUGUCAAGCAGAACUUGACCAGAAUCCUCCAUGUUUGUCACGGAGUCCUGUUCAAGCAGCUCGGAGCCUGGCUGCUCCAUGGCAAUAUGCACGGACGAGAUCCAUACAACGAAUUCUUUGUACAGCCCAGCUCGGGUGAGGUGGUCCUCAGUGGCGACACCCAGAAUGACGACGAAGAUGUUUUGGGAAUUAUGGGAGUCACUGGACGCCAGCUGCAGCGUCUAAUGAACCUAUCAUGUCUGGAAACGCCCAGUGAGUCAUCGUGCCAGUUCUGUGUUAAAGCGGAUCUUCUUCCUUCAUACAUCCCUCAACGGGUAGCCAACAAGAUCCUGUUUAUUGGAGAAUCCAUCCAGAUAUUUGAAAAUGACAAACAGAAAGUACAGUCUCAUAAAACGGAUUCCAUAUUAAAAGACCGAGAAUGGGAAUUUGCAAAGGAUCUUCACGAGUUGUCAAAACAACCAGAAUUCAACUGUAUGGCAUUUGAAGCUUUAAUUGACCAGAUCAGAACUUGUGUCUCUGAGCGUCUCUGGACAUUGGUGGUUAAAGAGUCGGGUCUUGUGAGCCAUCUGAGGAUGGUCAAAGAUUUCUACUUGCUGGGUCGUGGAGAGCUCUGUGUGGCAUUCAUCGGUCAGGCUGGCCAUCUCCUGGAAACCCACCCCACGGCAACAACAGAACAUGAUAUCAACAUGGCGUACCAGCAGGCAGCCAGAAGUGUCCAUCUCGAAGAGGAGAGUUUCAUUCAACGAUUUCAUCUUACUGUAGACACAGCAACAAAACCAAAUAAAAAAAGUUCUCAAACUGAUAAACUUACGAUUGCUCCAGUAGAAACUGGGUGGAGCAGACUCAGUCUUUCCUACUCCGUGCAGUGGCCACUGCAUAUAUUUUUCACCCCGGCUGUUCUGGAAACAUACAGUCAUAUUUUCCGCUUCCUCCUGGCCGUGCGUCGCACUCAGAUUCACCUUCAGCAGUGCUGGUCUCUGCAGAUGCAGAAUAAAACAUCGAACGUGAAGCAGGAGGAGGCUGCCAUUUGGCAACUGCGGACACACCUGGCGUUCUUCAUCGACAAUCUCCAGUACUAUCUCCAGGUUGAUGUCAUAGAGUCUCAGUUUGGAAUUCUGUUGGACAAGAUUAAUAGUACUCAGGAUUUCGAAGUCAUCAAGGUUUUACAUGAACAGUUUUUAACAAGUCUCCUCUCCCAGUCAUUUGUGCACAUGAAGUCAGUGUCCAGUUGUCUGUAUGAGAUAUUUGCGCUGUGUACGUCGUUUUCCCAGCUUCUUGUGUCGGCUGAUGUCACACUGUCCACUGGUCAACUCUCUCACAUCCAGACCAUCACCACAAGUUUCCAGCGUCAGUCGAACCUGCUGUUUCGAAUUCUGUCAAGUGUCAACAGUCACAGCUCGAGUCCACACCUCGCACAGCUCUUGCUGAGACUGGACUUCAACAAAUACUUCACAAUCUCUGGGGGACAGCUUGGAAGUGUUUACAACAGUCUGUCAUCAGUUGCCAGUGAUCAGUCCAUUUCCAGUGGGUCAUCGUUUCGUCCUUAAAAUAAAGACGUUUCCUCAACACUUUCCUAGGAUCCACUGUGCUGUUAACGUUUCCUAGGAUCCACUGUGCUGAUAACGUUUCCUAGGAUCCACUGCUGAUAACAUUUCCAAGGAUCCACUGCUGAUAACAUUUCCAAGGAUCCACUGUGCUGAUAACAUUUCCAAGGAUCCACUGUGCUGAUAACAUUUCCUAGGAUCCACUGUGCUGAUAACAUUUCCUAAGAUCCACUGUGCUGAUAACAUUUCCUAGGAUUUACUGUGUUGAUAUCAUUUCCUAGGAUCCACUGAUAAUGUUUCCUAGGAUCCACUGCGGAUAACAUUUCCUAUUAUCCACUAUGCUGAUAACAUUUCCUAGGAUCCACUGUGCUAACAUUUCCUAGGAUCCACUGUGUUGUUAAUGUUUCCUAGGAUCAGGGCUAGCUCUGUCACUCAACAAUUGCAAAUUUUAAACACAACUGGCGAAUUUUAUUUCAAUGUGGCGAAAAGAUUUCAUGCUGUGGUUGAUAUUUUGUUGACAAUAAUGGUGAAUUUCUGCAAUUUUUGGAGUUCAUUAAAUAAUUUGGCAAAAUUUUCUAUACACCCAGAAACUAGCCCUGCCUAGGAUCCACUGUUCUGAUAACAUUUCCUAGGAUCCACUGUUCUGAUAACAUUUCCUAGGAUCCACUGUUCUGAUAACAUUUCCUAGGAUCCACUGUUCUGAUAACAUUUCCUAGGAUCCACUGUUCUGAUAACUGUCGCCUACAAAGAGCUGUAUAAAAAUUAAAUAUCAAAAACACUUACUACAGCUUGACACUUUUGUUUGAAUUAUUUUUGUAUUUUUUCAUAGUGUUCAUAAAAUGUGAAAUAUUCCAUUAAGUAUCUGGGUGGGGUUUUUUGUCUGUUAUAUAUAUAUAUAAAAAUUUUUUAUCCCACUGCUCCUUUUCUUUUACUCCUUUUAAUUCCAUCUCAUUUCUUCCCAAUAUGGCAAUUCAACUUCACAGUCCACCUCCACAUCCCACUCCUUGUCUCUCCAUCUGCAACAGGUGUUCGUCUCCUGUAUCAUGUCAUUCCCCAUCAGCUUUUAGCUGUGGGCUUAGUCUGACCACUUCAUAGAGUGUUCAGUAGUUACUUCUGGCAUUGUUUAGAGGCACUUGUAAUCACCUACUAUACUCUCCUACUACCAGCAGUCAUUACUCAGUGCCAUGGGUCAGACUAGCUUUAUUAGCGGCAAAGGACGAAGAUGCCAGGUGGGUGCAGGGAAGUACACAGAGAGGAAACUGUAUUUGCAGCUGUGACCUUGAUUUUGACCAAAUAACUGCAUGCCCUCUACCUCGAAUUGUCAUAAUCGGACCCAGCACCCAACCCCCCCCCCCCCCCCCCCCAAAAAAAACCCAAAACAACAACAACAAACAAAACAAACAAAACAAAAAACAAACAUUAAAAUAUGCCAAUUAGUUACUGAGAUUCCCCGCUUGGUCUGCCUGGUGGUGGCCAUUUUGAAAAAGGCCUGAAAAGGGGGUUGCAGGACUAAAAAAAUUCGGACCCUAAACUUUUCUUUUAUUCUGAUCUGAAAUGGUACAAAACCUGCAAAAAUAAAGUGUUAACAAAAAUCCUACGGAAUAGUUUUCGUAUAUAUCAGCCUGUACCACUAGGAAGGACUUGACCAGCACCUCCACCCCCACACCCUGCCCGUCUCGUACGCUUAUGGCGUAAUGUAACACUAAUGACCUGAGACGUGAUAAAUACAUCUAUCGAAAUGACCCACAAGCAAAGCGGUUGUAAAGAAAUUGAAAACAUUUAAUGAAUAAAUAUUAAUUCAUGUGGGUACAUUGCAGUGUUAGGAAGCCAGUUGAAUUCGACAUUUUGAUUAUCGUUACAUGUACAUGACUAUUUUGUCAUCGUAUAAGUUGCCCAUAUUGUUUAUAAAAUAAAUUAUUACGUCUUUAAAA